AUGCCGCUGCGCAACGAGCGACAGGCCUAUUGGGAUGACAUCGAAGAGAAUAUCGCGCUCGCGCCCGCGCUCUCCGCCAGCGCCCGCCUCGCGCGCGUCUGCCCGGAGGCUGCCGCGGCACAGGCUGAACUCAGAUCCAGGCUCCACGACCUUGAGAUCGAUAUCCGCGCGACCGAGCUCGCUCGAGACCGUUCCCACUCGCUGAGCGCGGUCGCCGCUCGCGAGCGCGAUGCCGCGGCCGCCGCUGAGGAGAAGCGCGUCGAGCUCGAGCGCGCCGAGGCGUUCGUCCGGGGCAGGCUCGAGGGCGACCGGGUGCACGGGCGCAGGCCCGCUUUCACCCGCCCCGAAGAUCUGCCCCGCGCGGGCUUGGGCCAAGCCAGAAGGAUGGGCGCGCUCGGAGGACCCGGGCAGGCGGACUCGAGACUCCGACACCAUCCCGGAGUCGUCGCACAGGCGCAGAGGGAGGCGAACGAGCGAUGGGGCGCGGCGGAGACGGGCGGCGUGCUCAUGGGCGGCGGGUACACGUUCGUGCUCGAGCGGCAAAGGCGCGACGCGGAGGAUGCGCGGCGGCGCGCGGAGAACGCCGCCAGGGAGCGCGCCCUCUACUUCGAGCCGCCCGAAGAGGACCACGACGACACGACGACGACGGGGCGGUACGAUCGCACGGGGCGGUACGGCAAGGAGAACGGCGAUGAGAACGUCGAAGCGACGACCAUUCGACGCGGCGGCUACGACGGUGGCGGAGUCGGCGACGCGCUCAAGGGAUGGCCGACGCGUUCGAGGGACGCCCGUGAAGUCGACCUUGACGCCGACGAUGAGAGCGAGCUGCCCCCGCCGCGGUACGGCGCCGCGUCGGGUGCCUCGUCGGCGAUCGGCGCGGAGCGGGCGUCUCACUCGUCUCAUUCGGCUCAUCAUUCGUCGGCAUCCGGCGCGGUGUCCGGUCGCGAAUCCGAGGCGGGCGCGACGUGCACGAGAUGGCGACGAUCCGACGCGUCGUCGACCAAGUCCGGGUACGGCUCGCAGCUGGCGAUGGUGUCCGGCGGGGGCGGAUCGUCCGCGCCGCCUCCGCCCCGGCCCCGCACCCGCAGCAUCAUAUUCUGA